ACCUGGUGAGAAAAAAAAGAGAUUGUGGAACUGAAGUUAAGUUCUCUGGUUCUCUAAAUGUUUUAAAGCGAACUAUUUCUCGGCAAUUCAUUAAUUCAUUUUUAAAAAACAAAAAAGUUUUUUUUUUCCCUCCACGCGUUUUGGAACAGAGCAAGCGCGCGCAGGCCCCUCCACACACACGCGCACAGAGACGGUGAGCUAACACUCCCACCACAACAAGAGGGCUUUCUGCAGGAAACUGGGAUUUAAAGCCCCCCAGAGAAGAGGACAGGGCACAGGAGAGACCUCGCCAGUGAGACUGAGGGAUGGAGUUCCCUGUGGAUGUUCUGGAGGCUAUAGGCCAUGAGGAGCUGGAGAGUUCUGCUCACAGCUACAUGUCCGAUCUUCUCUACGUUGACCCUGACCACAGCCAGUACCUUUCACUGACCACUGGAAGAAAGGUUCGGAUCAGUCUGUCUAAUGUGGGCUUCGUUCCUCUAUAUGGAGCAAACCUCAAGCACAAAGUCCUGGCUCUGUUUGCUCCAGAGGACCAGUUUACAGCUGUGGCUUUGCUGUUGGAUGAUAAAUGGUAUGCUGUGGACGACAUUCUUAGAACAGCGGACUCAUCGCGAGAAGGGCUUAUCAAGGUAAGGUCCGUUGGAGAGAGGAUUGUGUUGUAUGUGCUGAAUCGCAUCGUUUACCGCACUAGUGAGAUGAGUGCUGGAGAGGUGCCCUUUCUGUGCCACGGUGAAAAUGACUUUGCUAAAAUCUUGUGGAAGAAUGGAGAGGCUGUUGGAUUCUACUCAGUCAAACCCAAAGGUAGUUUGUGCAGUAACUUUGUGAGCCAGUGCUACCUCCUGCCUGUCAUGGACUCCAUAUUUGUGAGGAGGGGUCACCGUGGACAGGGUCAUGGGCUGCAGAUGCUGGAGGAUUUCGUGGACAGUUUUAAAGACGAUGAACUCGGCAUGAAGUUCCCCCUGUCACCAGCCAUGUCCCAGGUGUGCAGACAUUACCUGGACAGGUACCCUGCAGACGUGGACCUACUGUGGGAGGUGGAGGGUGUGGGUGGUCCCUACCAGAGGACCAGAGUGGCCAGUAAACUCAGCACUCACACACUAAAAGGCAGGCUCCUUUCGUGUGGAAAGGAUGACAGCAGAAACGGACAGACGACACCAGACAAGAUGGAGAUGACUGAGGAAACCAGCCUCGACAUCACAGAGGAAAUCAUUGUUGUCAACAAGCGUCUUAAAGUGGCAGAAGAGAUGGACGACACCCCAAUCUCUACACGCACACGAAGUAGCGAGCACAAGUGGAAGAAGCGAAUGAGAGAGGAAAAGGAGGAGACUGAGGGAGAGAGCCAGCCAGAGAAAAUCAGCAGGGUGGAGGAGCCAGAACCAGUGUUUACACCUGCAGCUGUGACGCUGGAGGGUGAAGGAGGAGACGCUGGAAAAGAGGCAGAAGAUUUGACUCCUGCUGAUGGAGCUGGAGAAGAGACAGUGGGCACUGAAGCUCCUGCAGUCGAGCUGGAGUCUGUAGAACAGGCUUUGGAGGUGAAUGGGAAACUGGCUGAAGAGCAGCAGGAAGAAGAGGAGGAAGAUGCAGCAGGAAAGGAGGCACAAGGAAACAAGGAGGCAGAGCCUGCCCUCCAGAAUGGCACAUCUGGAGAGGAGGAGGAGGGGAUGGAAGUUGAGGAACGAGUUGAAGAAAAGGAUGGCAUGGAUACCGUGGACACCCCUGAGGAAGCAGCCACAGAGGACUUAAAAGAAGAAGGUGAGGAGAAACUAGAAGAGGAAGCAUCUCCUGAAGCAGAAGAGCACCAGGAAGAAGUUGUUUCUCCCGCAGCUGAGGAGGAAGGGGCUGACGAGAAUAAACUGGAAGAGGAUACACCUCCUGCAGCAGAGGAGGAACAGAAGGUGGAUGGAAUUUCUGUCAGUGAAGAAAAAGAAGUAAAAGAAAAAGAAGAAGAGGAGACAGAGCUAUCUGAGGAGAAGAAGGACGUAGCUCCAGUAGAUGAGGAAGAACUGGAUGCUGCUGCUGAAGCUGCAGACGAAUGUGAGGUAGCUCUUGAAGCAGAGGAGAAGCAGGAGGUAGCUCCUGAAGCAGAGGAGAAGCAGGAGGUAGCUCCUGAAGCAGAGGAGAUACAGGAAGGAGAAGCUCUUGAAGCAGAGGAGAAGCAGGAGGUAGCUCCUGAAGCAGAGGAGAAGCAGGAGGUAGCUCCUGAAGCAGAGGAGAAGAAAGAGAUAGCUCCUGAACUGGAGGAGAGGCAGGAAGUAGCUCCUGAAGUGGAGGAGAAGAAAGAGAUAGCUCCUGAAGUGGAGGAGAGGCAGGAGGUAGCUCCUGAAGUGGAGGAGAAGAAAGAGAUAGCUCCAGAAGUGGAGGAGAGGCAGGAGGUAGCCCCUGAAGUGGAGGAAAAUCAAGAGGUAGCUACUGAAAUGGAGGACAAACAGACAGCAACUCCUGAAGCUGAGGAAAUACAGGAAGCAGCUCCUGAAGUGACGAAAAAACAGGAAGCAGCUUCUUCAGAUGACAAAGCAAAUGAGUCUGAGCUUCCUCCAGCUGAGGAAAAUGUGGAGGAACCUGCUGAUGUACCUUCUGAGGCACAAGGACAAGAGGAGGUAAUGGAAACAGAGGAAACUCCUGUGGAGCAGGAAGUAGUGAUGGAAGCCUCAGAAGAGCUUCCUAAAGAUGAGGGAAACCAGCCUGCCACAGAGGGAGGUAACAUUAGUUUAGAGGAGCAGGGAGGAGAUGAGGAGAACGUCAGUGCUGUGGAAGAAGACGAGUGCAGGGAAGACUCCUCUCCUGCUCCAGAUGUUCGUGUCCUGCGAGGUGGAAGGAGCAAGCCGGUGCCUUCAACCCCCAAACGCUCCUCCAAAAGACUGAGCAGGAAGGAGGUGCUAACGGAAGACGAAGAAAAGGAGGAGGAAAAGAUGAUGAUAGACGAGGAAAAAGCUGCAGAAGAUAAAGAAAUGGCACCGGCAGAGGAGGAAAAGGUGACAGCAGAGGAGGAGGAGGCAGAGCAUAGCUCAGAGGAAGAGGAGGAACCACCUGUGAUUGACAGGAGGGUGUUAAGGGGGAAAAUUAAAGUGGUCCAGACCACGUCGCAGCCCAGAGCCAAGCGACGCAGCAGAAUAUGAACACACCAGUUCACUGAUUUAUACUUUUUGUAUAAACACAUACACGCGCACACACACAAACAUACACACACACACACGCACAAAAUAAGGUGUCACGAAGGUUUCUUGCCACAUUUAACCCACUUGUUGACUAAAGAACCAUGAUUAAUAUUUAAUAUACACAGUAACGGUCACAGUUUGGCCACACAUUCUCAUUGUUUAUAUGUAUUAUUUACUACAUUGUAGAUUAAUAUUAUAGGCUAAAAACUAUGAAGGAACAUGUAUGUGUUUAGAUAGUAAAUAGGCCUUCACAAACAGUUAACAUACAAACCCAACCCAGGUGGUAUGGGACGAGUUGGAGUGCAGAGUGGAGGAAAAGCAGUUAACAAGAGCUCAGCACCUCUAGACCUCCUUUAAGACUGAGAGAAUAAUGCCAAGAGGGCAAAGUUGGCAUCAAGGCAAAAUCCAGACUGAUCAAGAACAAAAGAUCUUAACAUUUAAAACAAAACAAAUGUACACAUGGUACAAAGGUUAAACAAAAUUACAAAUAAUUACACUUUAUUGAAAGUUUACCGAACCUCCAGAAGUUGUAAAGGUUAUAUAAAAGAGCUCAUAGUUUAAAAAUGUUACCUUUAUAUUAUGUCAGGGUUCUUUAAAUGCAUUCUUACAAAAUAGCCCUUCAAAGAUUUAAAUCUGUGUAAUGUGCAAGUUCUGUGCUAAUUCACUAAUCAGGACUCCAUAUUUUGCCGAGCUUUACUAUUAAAUCAAGAACAGGUUAUUUAAAUGCCUUAUUUACAAAAGCAAUUUCCCUUUAAAGGUUUAUAGAAACUCCAUUUAAAUAGUUUAUAUGUUACUGUGGAACAUUUACAUUAUGUCAGAGUUCUUUAAAUGCUUUUCCCUUUUAAAGAUCUAAAGAAUCUCAGAGUAAAGUGAACAUUCAGAGUCUGUCAUGAUGUGGAGAUUCUUUAGGAUUCUAAAUUUCCAGGUUUCUUAUGGCUCACACUUUUGUUAUGUUUCUCACACACACACAAACACUCACACUCACACUCACUCAUUCACAGUGCAUGGUUUUGUAGUGCAGGGAGGUGUUUUAUUUGUAUGGGGGUCCCCUUAAAUUGAGGGGAUCGAAACAGUGUUACUAUUUUUAUCUGUGAAUUCAGUUUUAUUACUUAAAAUAAAAAAAGCAAAAAUAAAUAAACAUUGACUAAUAAAACUCAGUAUUUUGUAUACAGAUGUUUCGGAUGUUGCCAUCCGCUCCACAAAGCACCACCAUGUCUGAUUCUUCCCAGUUUGACCACCUGGGUUUCUUUUCUUGAUCCACCUCAGACCACAUUGCUCUGCAGAGACAUUGAGCUGGAAUACGUUGUUUAUAAGUAAAGAUGGCACAAGAGGGUUAUUUCAGCCAUGCUUGUCAUAUUUAAUAUACAUAAAUAAAUUAUUUAUUUUAACAAAAUAGAUAAAUAUGCAAUCAUAAUUAGUUCUAUUAAAGUUUGAUAAAAUUUAGUUGGUGACACAAUCAAUAAUUAAAUUUAAUUAUAGUGUAAGAUGGUUUGGGUUUUUGAUGUUCAUAAUUUUUUAAUCAUUUCAACUUAAAUAAAUAUAUACAGCUGAGGAAAAAAUUAAGAGACCACUUCAGUUUCUGAAUCAGUUUCUCUGAUUUUGCUAUUUAUAGGUUUAUGUUUGAGUAAAAUAAGUAAAACAUUGUAAAACAACGUUGUUUUAUUCUAUAAACUGCAGACGACAUUUCUACAAAUUCCAAAUAAAAUUAGUCAUUUAUAGCAUUUAUUUGCAGAAAAUGAGAAAUAGCUGAAAUAAUAAAAAGCUUUCAGAUCUCAAAUAAUGCAAAGAAACCAAGUUCAUAUUCAUAAAGUUCUAAGAGAUCAGAAAUUAAUAUUUGGUGGAAUUACCCUGGUUUUUGAUCACAGUUUUCAUGCAUCUUGGCAUGUUCUCCUCGACCAGUCUUACACGCUGCUUUUGGAUAACUUUGUUAAAAUUGUUAUUUAGGUGUGUGUUUAUAUACACUGGCUGUCCACCUUCCUUGUUUUUAUACUUAUUGUCUAUUUUUUUAAGCUUCUCUGAUAGGACACUUUGUAGUUGUUCUUCAAUGGUCAGGACCCCCAGAAGAGACCUGUACAGAGCAGCUGUUAUUUAUUUUCAUAUUAGGUAGAAUUCAUUUGCACCAGAGUCAUGGUUUGGGGUGGAUUUGUGUCGAUUUAGACAAAAAAAUCCACCCCAAAAUAAUUAAUAAUCAGUAUAUACUAAUGCUAAUACUGCUUUAGCAGUGCUAACUGGGGUUAGCAACAGGCUACAGGUUGGUAAUAUUCACCUAUGUGCGGCAAAAGAGUUAGCGCUUAGCAGCUAAUGCUAAUACUGCUCCAGUCUGGAGUCUUGGUGCAAGAGAACUAUACAAAAACUCCUGUAAAAGGCUGCACUUCAGUGGAGUGGCUUUACUGCUUCUCAAAAUCAAGACUGGUAAAAUUCAUAAAUAAAAAGCACUGCUUUAUAAGGUGCACUGACAACUUUUGGGAAAGUUAUAGGAUUUUAAGUGUGCCUUAUAGUCAGAAAAAUACAGUAUUAAAACAGUUAGAAAAGUCUGGAACUACUUUUGUGUAGUGCAGAUUGUGGUAUUCCUGGUUAGCAACAUUAGCCUAGAAUCUUCACUUGUAAUAAAAAAGAUCCCGAUACCAAACACAUUCUUGCUAAUCGACUGAAUCUGAUGUAAAUGAUUAGCAAAGUAAUAAUUUACAGUAGUGUCUUUAGUAGUGCAGACAGGUAGGUGAGGAAGUCACACAUUCUUUGUCCAGCUGCUACUGGGCAAAAGAAGCUGUGAACAAACUUGUUUACAUGUUGGAAAGUAGAGCGUGAUAAAUAUAUAUAGGCCUAUAUUAAUGUUGCCGUACUUAAAUCAGCCUGAUACUGGGUCAGUUUAAAAUUAUAUAAAAUUUUAUUUUAUUUAUGUAACAAAGCCUUGUAAACUACACCUUAAAUCUCUCGUAAAUUAGUUCUGGAAAUAAAAUAUACUAAAUACUUUCAUGAAGGGAAGUGACAGAAAAAAGGUAUAAAUAUUUUUUAAACAAUAGACAGUUAAAUCACUCCGUAAGGCACUAUUGAAGCAUAACCUGAAAGCCAUACAUUUAAAAAUGUAUGAAACGUUUAAGCCGUUUGCAAUCGGUUUACACCUUUAAAAUCAGUACUUAAUACAAUGCUUAAUACAAUCAUAUAGUCUAGAAAGUAGACGAGAACUUUUGUUUGAUUUUUUUAAUAGAUUUUUUAUACGUACUGAAGAGAAAUAAAGUUGAGUUAAAUUACAGAAGAAUAAAGAAUAUUAGGUAGAAUAAAUUUGCACCAGAGUGAUGGUUUUGUUUGGAUUUAGCCAAAAGACUGAUGAUUAAUUAUUCUUUAUUUGCUGGCUGGUGAUUAGAGCAGAAAUAAAUAUUUGCUACUAAGCCAUAUAUUUGCAAUGCUACAGAUCGUUUAUAUUUAUACAAAUAUAGCUCUAGUCAAAUUUCUAUGCACUGUAUUAUAUAUGAAGAGCCAUCAAUGACUACAAUAACCUCAAACAAUUGCAAAUCUGCAGGCGUCUCAAAAUAUUUGCAUAAUAAAUAAACAUGCUUAGAUUAGCUUGGUUUAAAUAAAAUUCUAAUUCUUAACAAAACUGAGCCGUGUCUAGCAUAGUUUAAACACAAAGGAGAGCUGGAGUCCUGGAGUGACAUUACCCGAGCAUCUCCCGUUGUAAUUUAAAGAGGUUUGGUAUGAAAAGCUCUGUUAUAGAGUAACUUGCAGAGUCAGAAUUGAAUUAAAUACCUCUAAAAUGCCUCAUUUAGUAGCAAAUCCACUUUGCAUGACUACGGUUCACUAUCAUUUCUUGAUUUUGAAAAAUCUGUGAAAUGCUUUUUAGGCUUUUUAAGUUUAUUUUUGCUCCAAUACUAACUAAUGGGCCAUAAAGGCAGGUUCACACUAUGAAACUGAUAUGAUGUUAAAUGUAGUGGAACCUUUAUGCCAUGUCUGUUGUUUUACUUCCUGUUUUUUGUUAAUACAGACACUCCAUAGCUUUCAAAAAUUCCCACUCUAUCUUGUUUUUUAUAAAUACAUUAAAUUCAGCUUUCAUGGUUGGAGACCAAAUAAAUCAACAUCAAAGAAAAAAAUGUUUCUAACUCUAAUCACAGUGAAGAUUAGAUAAAAACGUGUUGGCUUGAUGUGAAGUUUCCACUAUAACUAUAAGUUAUACAUUUUUUGUACCACCAAAAAAAUACUUUGUAUAAAUAGGCCUCUAAUUCUUUAACUUUAACCGCAUAGGUCAAGUGUCAAAUUAAAGAAGCUAAUUUCAGACACCAAUACAGUCUGGAAACAGUAAACUGUGUACAUGUGAUAUUUGAUAUUUCUGAACUAUCCCUUUAAGAAGAGCUGCUCUGACCACAAGAGGGAGCUCCAGGAUCAGGCCUGACUUUUAGCAGGUCUUCUUUCCCAGUCUAAUCUUUUCUCAUGUCUGGAUCUUAUUGGUUUUGCUGUGAACUUUGAACCGCGACAUUCUUGACCCCUGAGAGCUGAGCCUGUCCUUCUGAACCUGAACUCGUGUUUGGGCUUCUCUUUCCUGUACGGUUUACACUUUAUUUGUAUGGUGGUCAGCAGCACCUCCAGCAGGAACAUCUCUCUCCCUUUUUCCUGAAUCUACUUCUGUGAAUCUGUAUUUUUUUCAGCUGCUUUAUUUAUUCUACUUUUUUUGUAGCGGUUUAAUAUCUUACCGUGUUUUCUUCAAGCUGUGAUUUAUUUUCUUUAGCUAAUAAAAAUAUUUUUCUUCA